UCGGUUGACGCUCCUGCUUUUACGCUCCGGUUUACGCCGAUUCACGAAAGCGGAUACGCUGAACGCGCUGUCGGCGUGUAGCGGUAACACUAAGCUCUUCUAUUCAUAUGAUGGCUUAUUGGCACUAUGUGAGCUUGGAAAUCGUUUGAACUCUAUUUCCGAGGACCCCAGGUUUGAAUCACCAUAAAGGUUGAAUAAGAUGGCGCACUUGGACCUGGGAAAUGUAGUGCUUCGGCGGAUGGGAGAAGAGGAUAUUGAGGCUGUAAAGGCUCUUAUAAAGCAAGGAUGUGAAGGGAUGGAGAACCGGCUCAUCCUGCACCUCCUUACUAGACCACUGGCGGUCCUGUUGCUCGCUACAUUCUCCUCUGUGCUCCGCUUUGUAGUGCACUCCUUUAUGCUAGCCCUGUUUAUCCCUGUUUUCCUUCUCAUUGUAUACCUCAAGCUCACCAUUCCACGGUCCGUGGGCAUCCUGGGAUCCAGCAGACCCUACUGGGACUACCUAGGCAGCAGCUACCAGGCUAGUUCAGAACCAGACCUACACAACCCACAUGCAGCCAAAGCCAAGUUUGUUACUGACCAGGAGAAAGCCAAACGUCGCAAGAAAGCCAAAGAGAAGUAUAGGAGCAAAGAGACAAAGAAGGGGAAGGCUGAAGACAGAGAGAAGGUGGAUGAAGAUGAUCUGAAGGAACGGGCACGUGUCGCAGGGGAAGUGUGGGUUGCAGAGAACGAUGGCGAGGUGCUUGGCUGUAUUGCACGGGAUGGUUGGAGUCGGAAUGGUGUGUACCGAAUCUGUAGGCUGGUAGUGCAGAGCUGGUACCGUAGAGAAGGGCUGGGAAGGCUGCUAGUCCAGAGCCUGGAGUUCAGAGCCAAGCAGAGCGGAGUGCGGCGGGUCUAUGCUCAUGUGCCCUUCCCUUCCAAAGUAGGAGAGGCUUUCUUCAGAAAACUGGGCUACAGGCUCCAGGGAGAGACUUCUGGGGUGGAAGGUGAAGAGGAGGAGGAUUACGAGGAGCCAGGAAAAGCCAUGUUAGGGUUUCCAGUAACAAAGGUGUUUGUUAAAGACUUAGGGUUGUGAAUGGGCAAAUUUUUGUAACUACAGCUGUACUUGAAGUCAUACACUCUUUACAUAAUUUGUGACUAAUGUAAUUUCUGAAAUUUUGUUAAAUCACUACAUGGUUAAAAUCACAUUUAUUUAAAUUGUUUAUUUAUUAUUAUUUUUUUUGCUUGUUUCUUUCUUCUUUCACUUUAUUAAAUUUAUUUUAAAAAUUCAGUUUUCAAUCCAUUUUUAUAGUAAUGGUAUUGUACUGAACUGUCAGUGGUCUUUUUGUCUGGAAAGAUAUAAAGAAAUAAAU